AUGAUAGGAUUUAAUGAAGAUGUUAUGAGGUCAUUGGUGGAUGAUGGUAGUGUGGAACAUAAAUGGGAUAGCUAUGACAACACACAUUUCUUAUGUGGUUUUCCAACAGAAGUGGACUUUUGCUUCCAGCAAGGUCAAACAUCUACUGCUCCAAUAACAUACAAAUUGUCUGUUAAAGGACCUAUUGAACUAGCAACUGAAAACGUACCAAAGCCACUUAUUGGAUUUAUGAGGGAUUGUUGCUUUGCCAUUCAGGUGCGUGCUAAUGGAAUCCCAAUAAUAAGAUUAGAUGACUAUAACUUAGCAACUGACGACAGUGAGGAAUAA